CAACUGAGCAGGGGGAUGGAGGAGGCCACCAGGCUUCCCACACAGAAGGCUGAUGACAUUGAGGUCUACAGUACCAAGGUCAGCUGCAAGGUGACCUCCCGCUUUGCUCACAAUGUUGUCACCACGAGGGCCGUCAACCGCGCAGAUGCCGCCAAGGAGGUUUCCUUUGACGUGGAGCUGCCCAAGACCGCUUUCAUCACCAACUUCACGCUGACCAUCGACGGUGUUACCUACCCUGGUAAUGUCAAGGAGAAGGAAGUUGCCAAGAAGCAGUAUGAAAAGGCUGUGUCCCAGGGCAAGACAGCUGGAUUGGUCAAGGCCUCUGGGCGGAAGUUGGAGAAAUUCACGGUGUCAGUCAAUGUGGCUGCGGGCAGCAAGGUCACGUUUGAGCUGACCUACGAAGAGCUGCUGAAGAGGAACAAGGGCAAGUACGAGAUGUAUCUUAAGGUCCAGCCCAAACAACUGGUCAAGGACUUUGAGAUCGAGGUAGAUAUCUUCGAGCCCCAGGGCAUUAGCAUGCUGGAUGCUCAGGCCUCAUUCAUCACCAAUGACCUCCUGGGAAGCGCCCUCAGCAAGUCCUUCUCAGGGAAAAAGGGCCAUGUGUCCUUCAAGCCCAGCUUGGACCAACAGCGUUCAUGCCCAACCUGUGGAGACACCCUCCUCAACGGAGACUUCAUCAUAACCUACGAUGUGAACAGAGAGUCUCCAGCCAACGUGCAGAUAGUCAAUGGCUACUUUGUGCACUUCUUUGCACCUCAAGGCCUUCCUGUGGUGCCUAAGAAUGUGGUCUUCGUGAUUGAUAUCAGCGGCUCCAUGUAUGGCCGGAAAAUAGAGCAGACAAGGGAUGCCCUCCUCAAAAUCCUGGAGGAUAUAAAAGAGGAGGACUACCUGAAUUUCAUCCUGUUCGAUUCCGAUGUGACCACUUGGAAAGACACUUUAGUUCAAGCCACUCCUGAGAACAUCCAGGAGGCCAGGGAGUUUGUGAAGAACAUUAGAGAUCGAGGAAUGACCAACAUCAACGACGGGCUGCUGACAGGCAUCAGCAUGCUGAACAAGGCCCGGGAGGAGCACACAGUGCCAGAGAGGAGCACCUCCAUUGUCAUCAUGCUGACGGAUGGGGACGCCAAUGUUGGUGAAAGCAGACCCGCUAAAAUACAGGAGAACGUGCUGAGUGCCAUUGGAGGCAGGUUCCCCUUAUAUAACUUGGGCUUUGGCAACAAUCUGAAUUAUAACUUCCUGGAAAGCUUGGCCCUGGAGAACGAUGGGUUCGCCCGGCGCAUUUAUGAGGAUUCCGAUGCCAACUUGCAGCUGCAGGGCUUCUAUGAGGAGGUGGCCAACCCGUUGCUGACCUCAGUGGAGGUGGAGUACCCUGAAAACGCUAUCCUGGACCUGACCCGGAACACUUACCAGCACUUCUAUGAUGGCUCUGAGAUUGUGGUGGCUGGGCGCCUGGUGGACGAGGACAUGAACAACUUUAAGGCAGAUGUGAAGGGCCACGGGGCACUCACUGACCUGACCUUCACGGAAGAGGUGGACUUGAAGGAGAUGGAGAAGGCCCUGCAGGAGCAGGACUACAUUUUCGGGAGCUACAUCGAGCGGCUCUGGGCCUACCUCACCAUUGAGCAGCUGCUGGACAAACGCAAGAAUGCCCAUGGAAGUGAGAAGGAGAACCUCACUGCCCAGGCCCUGGACCUGUCCCUCAAGUACCACUUUGUGACUCCACUGACCUCCAUGGUGGUGACCAAGCCUGAGGACAGUGACAACCAGAUGGCUAUUGCUGACAAGCCUGGCGAAGGUGGACACGGGCCAGAGGAAUCAGUGACUGCCGCCAUAGCUUACCAGACCAGCUACCAGCCUCCUUCUUCACCCUACUAUUAUGUGGACGGAGACCCCCACUUCAUCAUCCAAGUCCGAGGGAAAAAGGAUGCCAUCUGCUUCAACAUUGAUGAAGAGCCAGGCACAGUGCUGCGCCUCAUUCAGGACCCCAUUACAGGCUUAACAGUAAAUGGGCAGAUCAUUGGUGACCAGGGAAACAGCUCUAACUCUAAGAACAGAAAGACUUACCUUGGCAAAGUGGGCAUUGUCAAUUCUCCGAUGGACUUGCGGAUUGAGGUGACCACAGAGAAGAUUACCCUGCACAAUGGGGCUGCACAGAGUACUUUCAGCUGGCUGGACACAGUCACGGUCACCUCGGAAAGGUUCUCUGUGAAGAUCAACAGGGAGGCUACGGUGGUCUCCUUUGGAAAAGGGAUUACCUUUAAGGUGAUUCUGCACCAGGUGUGGAAGAAACAUCACAUCCACCUUCACUUUCUGGGCUUCUACGUGCUGGACAGUGACAAGAUGUCAACAAAGUCACACGGGCUGCUGGGACAAUUCUUCCGCCCCCUUGCUUUUCAAGUGUCUGACCUCAACCCAGGCAAUGACCCCUCCAAGAUACAUGCCACAAUGCUGGUGAAGAAACAUCGGCUGGCAGUCACCAGGGGCUACCAGAAAGACUACAGGAAGGACGUCCAUAAUGGCACACAGGUGGGCUGCUGGUUCGUCCACAACAACGGCCAAGGGGUGAUUGAUGGGGUCCACAGCGACUACAUCGUCUCUGACCUGUUCUGAGUGGCUGGCCCAGCUCGCCUGGCAUCUGGAGCAGGGGCACAGAGCCAGGCCUGAGGGAGGGCUGUGACAAUAGAGGACACGGUGGAAACCAGACCGCUGCCAGCCUGUGCAUGCCUCUCUCAGGCCUUGCUCUGGGGAACACCAGCUGGGACCUGAGGCAGCUCAAAGGAAGGACUGGCUCCUGGGAAGGCAACAUCCUGGGCCUCCCCAGCAAUGCGGCUGAAGGACAGGGCUGGUUGGCAUCACAGUUUGGCAAGUCAAGUGCAUGAUGAAAAAAAUAAAAUAAAAAAUUGACUCUGGAGCAAAGAGUCUCUGA